GCCUGUCCACGUUUUGUGCAUAUCAGCAGGUAAAGUCCAUGGUGCGAUCAGUUCUCCUAGUCCAUCAUCAUGGCGUCAUCAAGCAGACGUCGUGGAGAUUACCCCCCAUUCGAGGCUCUUCAUGAUACAAAACAGCAGGACUUGCAGCGUAACCAUCCAGUGUGGCGAUGGGUUGCGAAGGGCCAAGAGUACGGUCUGGCAGGAGGGGGUAACUUCCUCAUGCGAUGCCGCCUCUGCGAUGAGGUUUUCCCGGGAUCUAGAUCUAGGGCAGUGGAUCACUUCACUAAGGUGAAGUUACAUUGCCCACGGCGGACCGGGGAGAUAUUGUGGAAUUUGCAGUGUUCAGGGGCAUUAUUGAAGGACCCCACGACACAAAGGUUGGCUGCAGAGCAUGCACAACGGUUGGACGGAGAGUUAUCUGUCCAGGAUAUGCAUGGAGGUGAGGGACCUGAUCCGAGCACUGCACAAACACAUCACGUGGUGGCAGGGGGUGGCACAUGUGCAGACAGUGCAGGUGGGAAGGUGGAGCCGCACCAAGGACCUGCACAGUCUGUUGCGGUGGAGGCUGCCGGUGCUACACGGACUCCUCAGGGAGCGAGUUCAUCCAUGCAGGUCGCAGUUAGACAGGUGCGGCAGGGCAGGUUAGAUCCGUGGCUAGGGAACAAGGUGCAACGAGAUCUGGACCGUCUUCUAGCUCUCGCCAUGUAUCGAGGCGACGUCUCCUUCAACUGGCUCCGACUGAAGGAGACAAAGGACUACUGAGACUAUAUCGUCACACUCUUGAGACCGAGUAUUGUCCCUGUUCCGCGUUUGCUGACUUAUGAG